AUGGGUAAGCCUCAUCAAUCCCGAAAUAAAGUCCUCCCAGGAGGAGCAAUGUUGUACUCGCGCUCACAAAUGUACCGAAAAAGGGCAUUGUACAAGCGUAAGAAGGUCGGUACAAAGAAGGUUGUUCAAGAAAUUGCCAAGACUAUAGUAAAACCUGUUAAAGGCGAUAAAAAUGGCAAUCAACGAGUGUUACCUGUCCAGCGUGAACCUCGUUACUACCCCACUGAAGAUACCAGAAGGCCGCUAGUUAACAGAAAGAAGCAAAGACCAACUAAACUUCGUUCGUCGAUUACUCCCGGUACCGUAUUAAUCCUUUUAGCUGGCAAUCACCGUGGCAAGCGUGUGGUAUUCUUGAAACAGUUGGCUUCUGGUUUACUUUUGGUUACUGGUCCUUACAAAAUUAAUGGUGUGCCUUUGAGACGUGUCGAUCAAGCUUAUGUAAUUGCUACUAAGACAAAAUUAGACAUUAGUGGUGUGAAAUUGCCUGAGCGCUUGAACGAUGCUUACUUCAAGAAGCCCCAAGUAAAACGUCGUAAGAAUCAAGAAAUGUUUGAAGAGGAAGAAAAGAAAACUGAGGCGAGUCCUGAAAAGAAAGAAGAUCAAGCAGCCGUAGAUAGUCAAGUCAUCGCAGCCGUUGCAAAGGUUGACCAGAUGAAGCCUUAUUUACGUGCUCCUUUUUCGCUACGAAAGAAGCAAUAUCCACAUGCUAUGGCGUUUUAAAAAACCUAUCAAACUGUUUUGUUGAAUCUUUAAUCGAAUAAAAAUGUACAGUAUCG